UUGCCAAAAUAAGUACAUUCCAUUCAUUACCCAGCACUAGUGGUGUGAACCUGCUAACAAACUAUACCUAGUGUGGUGGGUUAGGAUUGAACGGUUCUGAAGUAGCUAAUAUUGUCAAAUAAGUCUGACAUUCCCUAGAAAGUCUCCUGUCUAUUAGAUGAAGCAUCCCAAGAUGACCAUUAACUUCAUUCCACUACUACUUCUCGUUAUGUCUUCGUGUGUAUAUCUUACUUGGGCUAAAUCAGUGCCUUCUACAUGUCUCAGGAACCAGUUUCAGUGUGGUGAUGGAAGUUGCAUUCCACAUGGCUGGAUUUGUGAUGGCAGAGCAGAGUGUGUUGAUGGAUCUGAUGAGUCUGAAGAAACUUGCAAGUCCAAGACGUGUAGUCCAGCUCAUUUUGCUUGUGGUGGUCGCUUGAAUCGUUGCAUUCCAGUUGAUUGGAAGUGUGAUGGUCAGUCGGACUGCGAAAAUGGUUCUGAUGAAGAUUGUCCUCCCCAGGUUUGUGGUGAUGAUCAGUUUCAGUGCAGAAGUGGAAAAUGCAUCUCUCUAACAUUUGUCUGUGAUGGUGACCAUGACUGUGAAGAUGAGAGCGAUGAGGAAAACUGCCCUGCCCCGACCUGCGAUCCUAACAUGUUUUGGUGCAAUAACUCUGAGUGCAUCCCUAAGCUGUGGGCUUGUGAUGGGGAUUCUGACUGUAAAGAUGGAUCUGAUGAGUGGCCCCAGAACUGUGAUGGGCAGAAAUCUCUCAAGCCACCCAAUCCUUGUUCCGCACAGGAGUUUCAUUGCGGCAGUGGUGAAUGCAUUCAUAUGAACUGGCGUUGUGAUGGUGGCUUCGAAUGCAGGGAUCAUUCUGAUGAAGCAGACUGUGUUAAACCUACUUGCCGCCCAGAUCAGUUUCAGUGUGAUGAUGGAACUUGUAUCCGUGGGAAUCGUCAGUGUGACAAGGAAUUUGACUGCAGGGACCGAAGUGACGAAGUUGGCUGUGUCAAUGAAACCAAGUGUGACGGUAUAAAUAAAUUCAGGUGCCGCAGUGGAGAAUGUAUCAGCAUAGACAAGGUGUGCGACAAAUCAAAAGACUGCAGAGACUGGUCUGAUGAGCCAUUGAAGGAAUGUGCGGAAAAUGAGUGUAUGAACAACAAUGGCCACUGUUCCCACAUCUGCAAUGACCUAAAAAUUGGCUACGAGUGUCUUUGUCCUUCUGGCUUCAGAUUGGUGGAGAAGACUAGGUGUGAAGAUAUCGAUGAAUGCGAGGAUCCUGACAUCUGUAGUCAGAAUUGUGUGAACCUGGAAGGAAGCUAUAAGUGUGAAUGCACCACUGGGUAUGAGAUGGAUCCCAGUACACAGACGUGCAAGGCAGUCGGAACAGUAGCUUACUUAUUCUUCACCAAUCGGCAUGAAGUGAGGAGAAUGACGUUACAUGGCAGUGAUUACAAGAGCUUGAUUCCUAGUCUGAAAAACGUAGUUGCUCUGGAUAUGGAGAUCUCUGAGAACAAAAUCUACUGGUCGGACUUGUCGCAGAAGAAAAUAUACAGUGCACUGAUGGACAAAGCAGGGAAUUCUUCCCAUCACAUUACAGUUAUUGAACAGGAAAUUCAGUCCCCAGAUGGCAUUGCUGUUGACUGGGUUCAUGGAAACAUCUACUGGACAGACUCUGUCUUCAGCACAAUUUCUGUAGCCAAUACGGGAGGAUUGAAGAGGACAACAUUAUUCAAAGAUGGUCUUGCUAAACCUCGUGCUAUUGUAGUGGAUCCUACCAGUGGGUUCAUGUAUUGGACUGACUGGGGAACUCCUGCCAAGAUAGAGAAAGGAGGCCUGAAUGGUGUUGAUCGCGUUCCACUGGUGACUGAUGGCAUCGAGUGGCCUAAUGGCAUUACCCUUGAUCUUCCAAAUAUGCGGCUUUACUGGGUUGAUUCCAAACUCCACUCUUUGUCAAGCGUAGAUACAAAUGGAGGAAACCGUCGUACCAUUAUUGUAGACCAGGAGAAACUGGCUCACCCAUUUGCAGUAACUGUAUUUGAGGAUAAAGUGUUUUGGACAGAUAUGGAGAAUGAAGCUAUUUUUAGUGCCAAUCGACUGAACGGGGGUGAUAUUGUGAGGGUUGCAGAAGAUCUCUUCUCUCCAGAAGAUCUAGUUUUGUACCACCAUCUUAAACAACCAAAAGGUUUAAACCGGUGUGAAGGGAGCAAUGUCCCCAAUGGUGGCUGUGAAUAUUUGUGCCUGCCUGCUCCUCAGAUCACAAAGCACUCCCCCAAGUAUACAUGUGCCUGCCCAGAUGGUUUAGUGCUCGCCACCGAUAUGAGAAACUGCAUUAAAGGUGGUGAAGUGCCUUCUGUUUCCACUAAAGCUUCCAUGAUAUUGGUUUCCUCAACUACUACCAGCAGCACUACAACAAGCAAUAGAGUGUCACCUACAACCAAAACUAUACCUCAAAGGACUACUAGAAAACCAAAUCUUGGAACCACUGAAGCUGCAAAGCAAAUGAGUGAUACUGUGGUUCCAAACUCUACUCUUCAUUCUGAAAUGCUUUCUCAACAAGUUCGGAAUAAUGCAGCUGUAGAGGAUACCACAUCAAAGCACCCCACUGCUUUAUACAUCGUAAUACCAAUAGUGCUCUUGUGCUUGACUGCAUUUGGUGGCUACCUGUUAUGGAAAAACUGGAGGCUCAAAAAUACCCACAGCAUCAAUUUUGACAAUCCAGUCUAUCAGAAAACUACAGAGGAUGAGGUCCAUAUCUGCAGAAGUCAGGACGGAUACAGCUAUCCUUCGAGACAAAUAGUGAGCAUGGAUGAUGACAUUGCCUGACAGUUGACUGUGCCUUGGUAACUGAACAUUUUUGCUGCUGUAUCCUGAAACAACUUGAGUUUACUUCAGUAAAUGGCAGGCUCGCACCACUGUACUGAAGAAUCCUAUGUCACCAUUAUGAAAAGCCUUCCCACCUCAAACCGGCGCAAUUCUAUUUCACCGAAGUGAAGCGGGUAUAACGUAUGUGCUGGCAUGUUGCCAUAUUGAACUGCAUUUACCACUUUACCUCUGUCACCUGGUGUGGAAGUACUUCCUUUGCUAUGAAGAACUACAGCAAACACUCUCCUCUCGAAUAGUGUCUCGCUAAGAGUUAAGGGGCUGCUUUUGACUGGUACUAGGAAGUUUUCUUCCAGACUGACCUUUAGAAUUUUGUAUGAGCACCAUGUGCUUUUUGUUUGCAGAACUAACCUGCAGCACUGAAUCCCAAUUUGAAUGGUUUUAGUACCAAGAUGGCCAAAAGUCCCACACUUAUGGGGUCCUGUUUCCUGUGAAUUUCUUCAGGAAAUGCACGUGUCAUAACCAUUUUUGUAGUUUUUCAUACUGGGUAAUUUUUUUCUGUAUGUAAAUAGUUGUGUAUUUGUAUAUAAUGUAUAUGUGUACAUACUUGACAGCUCUUUCUAUUGUGCAGGGGUGUAUAGGUAUAGUGAUGAGACAAUGCCUUGACAGGCUUGGGACUUCUGCUACAGGUUAUUUACAUGCUAACAGUGACAGAUGCCAUGAUUUUAACACCAAGGGUCUGUUUUUCAUCUGGUCAGGAAAAUAAGACUAGUUACUUGUAACAGUGCCUGUUUUAUAUCACACAUUUUGCUGCAUUUACUAUAUCUUUGUUACAGGUUAGUCCCGAUUUAUCUGUUAAAUGCUGUGAAUUAUGUGAAUGCUGUAAAUACUGUAUUUACACAGUGUAUAUAGUAUAUAUUUUGUUCAAAAUGUUUGUAAAUUAAUAUAUGAUUUAUUUAUUUU